UCUUCCAUGCACUCAAUUGCCUUGAUAGUACUACCAUCCAUUCACACAACACAGUCUCAGCUCACACAGGUGUGUGCCCGACGCGCUGCUGUAAUUUCACCUGUUUCUCUUUAUCUGAGCGGUGGACUUACUUUGUAGUCUGCAGUUUGGUGAAACACAGCAUUACUGCAUGUUCAAUAUGGUGACCCUAAAAAAUUAACUAACUGCAACCAGUGAAAACAUGCACGCAAACUGUAAAACGUGCACUGAUGACUACUUACAACUAUCAAACCUGCAAAAGUGUGGCAGUGCGAGUGUUCUCUCGUGUGUACCGAAGGUGGAAUUAUUGUCUCUCUAGCCUUGUGAGCCUUUACUCUUAAACAAGGGAAAAUCUUUAUCUGAAAUCGUGUUUUUAGUUUGCCGUUCACGAAUUCAAUAUUUUUCCUUCACUGUCAGACUGUCAAAUGUGGUUCAUGUGUUUGGAAAGCUCGACCUUUUCUUAAACAUAACCAAGCAGGUUUAAGUAAGCAAACUGCAAAUAAAAGCUAAAAAGGAAAAAGACCUUCUGAAAGAAAGCUUCUCUAGUCGAUGCAUGUUGUGAAAAAAAAAAACUAUUUUAAGCUACAACUACAAAAGCAGCAGCAGUAGUUCCUACUUCUGUGUAAGUUUAUACACAGUGGAUUGUAGUAGCUAACAUCUCCAUCACCUGAAAGUAGCCAUAUUUGAAUCACUACAUGCUGCACACAGCUUUUAUACCAUUUCCAAAGAGCAAAAUGCUUCACAACUUUUCAUCUGUUGCUGGGAACACUGGGUGGAUGUAAAGUGGUUACAUGAUAAUUCACUAUGAACCUGCCAAAAGUCAAAGACUGAGUGCUUAGAGAAUGUGCCACUCAACUGGGGAAGUCAUUGUUGUGAAAGUCUUAACUUUGACCCAAUGCAAGGACUUCUGCAUUAAAUAAAACUCAAAGGCUGACGUCUGUCUGCUAACAUAAGUGUUAACAUCUGCAUGUGUGUGCUAUGGACAAGUCUCUACCUCGUCCCUACAGCUGCAGGAAUGCAUUGAAUGAGCUACUGAAGUGCUGUAGACGACUCUGUUUUGAGAAAUGUAAAGCCAGAGAUAUCAACAACCUUGCCCUACCUUCAACACCAACCAGUGGCAGCAGAUGGCCCCGCCCCUCCCUGUACCUGGUUCUGCUAGAGGUUACUUCCUGUUAAAAGGGAGUUUUUCCUUCCCACUGUGGCCAAGUGCUUGCUCGUGGAGGGGUCAUCUGAUUGUUGGAGUUUUCUCUCUAUUGUAGGGUCUUUGUUAAUUUAUUAGCUUCUAAUUAAAUAGACAGCCAGAUGAUUUUGUGACUCUCAUGUUAGCGCAUCUGGUCCAGUGUGUUUCUGUGUGCAUUUGUCUUUUUCUGGGCUUCAUUGGUGUGGUUUUCUGCGCUUUUUUUUUUGCAGGCCGUUAAUAACGCCUCUAAAUGCAGCUGCGAGUUAUCAAAAAACACAUUCAAAUGAAAAACUGAUAUCAGCAUUCUGUUUGUGUGUUUGUGUAUUUUGUGUGAGUGAAUGAGUUUCCAGCUUCACUGCCGAUUUGGAAAAAUGUGCCAAUCUGAAGAUAAUUGAAGUAAGAUUGUUGUCAAAGCAGUCAGAUGUGAGCAGUUUAUUAAAAAAAAGCAUUAUCUAAAUAUGUUUUGAAAAGCUCUGAGUUAUUGGGGGGGGGGAAUUUUGUUCUUACAUCAGUUAGUAUUCCUCCAAGCAGACUGAUCACUGAUAUAAAUUUGUUGCUGUGUAUCUCUGGCAGAUAUGUACCGUCUGGAGUUAGCUGGAGGCCUCGGGGUCAUAUUGCUGCUGCUGGGAGUCCUAACCGCACUUUAUAAAUGUUACAACCUGGAGAUCAUGCUCUGCUACAGGAGACACUUUGGGAGUGAUGAAACUGAAGAUGAUAAUAAGGAGUAUGAUGCCUAUCUGUCCUAUACUAAAGUGGACCUCGACUCAUUGGGCAGCAGGACGAGCAGCGACGAGGAAACAUUUGCUUUGGAGAUCUUGCCGGAUGUUUUGGAGAAACAUUAUGGAUACAAGCUGUUUAUACCAGACAGAGAUUUAAUACCCAGCAGUAGUAAGUAUAAAUCUGUGUAUCUACCUACACACAUGCACACACACACUCUCUCUCUGCGUAACUCCAAUCCCCGCUACCCAGAAUUCAUCUCUCUGUCAGAAUAAAUAAGAACAUAUGUGGAUCUUCAUCAUAACACACUUACAGCCACACACAUAUCUAUGUCAGCUCUCAGAUGUACGCCACAUGUACCACAUGCCUUACCACAAUUUCAUUUAUUUGUUCACAAACACACACGUACGCACACACGUGCAUGCAUGCUUGUACCCUCUCACAAUUUGUCAUCAUUUCUUGGCUCCUGUGUCACUCUGUC